AUGUCUCAACAGCAACAGCCACAAACACAAAUACAGGGUGCUUCAUUGCCACGCAUGGUCGACAUGGAUUGGAGAAUGGAUGUCAAGACAUCAUCAGACGUCAUGUCAAGAAUGGCUGUACCAACUGUUUUGUUUAAGUUACAAGUUGAAGAUCCUAAAGGAACACCAUCAGAAGACUCACAACAACCAGCUACAAAGACUGUCAUCUUUGAAUUGAACAAGCAGACCAUUAACACAAUGCUAGAAGGACUGGAGUUUGUACAGGGCCAACUGAACUCUAUCAAGUAA